AUGCGCGGAAGCCUCCGAGGCCCCCCGCCCGAAGGCCUCUUGCUGCAGUCUCCCUCAUCGCACCUCACGGGUCCUGCGUGGACCUUGCGGCUGAGGCGUGGUCGGUCUCUGCCGGGCUCUCCCGGGCGUCAGCCUCCCUCAGGCUGCCGGGGUCAGGAGAGCUCUCACGCCUCCGCCUCCGCCCUGGGUCGGGGAAACCAAAGGUCGGGAGGCAAGAGCGCCAGGUGGCAGCUCCGGCGGUCCCAGCCCAAAGGCGCCGGCCUGGCGGCUGGAAGACCGCGCUGCGCAGCGGGCACAUCUGGGGGAGCAGCUGCCGGGCCCGAGCGGGUCACGUGGCACGCAGGGUGGGGGUUGGACCGCCGGGGAGCCUACAGGCCAGGACUCCCGGGCGCUAGGGAACGUGCCCGACCUGGACACGCGUCGCCGAGGAUGCACUCUGCGGUCUACACGCUGGCACGCAAGCCCCCAGCCCCACACAGCCCCCCACCUCAGGAGCCAGACCGCCUGGGUUCAAUGCCACCUCCCAGCUGUGUGAUCUAAAGCAAGU